AUGGCUUAUGCUCUGGACGUCACCAAACCAGAAUUCGACGUGGAAGCCUAUAUGGUUAAGUGAGUCGUUGAAUAGUUUUCAGUUAAAUUUCUCCUUGCUGACCCAGUCCUAUCAACCAGUUCGUACAUUUAUCACGGUCCAUUAGAGUCGAAUGAUAACAUCAAUCGAUUCAAUGUAACUUACAGAAUUCUAAAAGAAAAGUCACUGAAUGAAUUGGUCAAAGAAGAAGAAUCGAUGGUUUCUGCCGUACGGAGACUCGACUCGGACGUGCAUCAGAUCGUGUACGAGAACUAUAAUAAGUUCUUGACGGCCACGAAUACUGUCCGAAAGAUACAAGACGAGUUCACACAACUCGAUUCGGUACGUUUUUGUGUUCUUCAAUUCUGAAUUCUGAGUCCUCACUUUCAGGAGAUGAAGUCGUUGAGUCAAAGCAUGCAAACAAUAUCUUCGUUGAUUGGAAACUUGGACGGUGUGCUCGGAGAGAAAAGAGAUGACAUCUUGCAGCUGGGAAGCUCGUACAAAGUGGUGAACAGUCUGAAACAUAUCUUCGAUCUGCCACUUGUUCUUCAGGUAUAAUAUUCGUACGUUCGGUUUCUUCAUUCAAAAAAGAUUCUUUCAGAGUGAAUUUGACGAGCGAAACUACGGUGAAGUGCUUCGAAUGUUCAAGCUGGCCGAAGAAUCCCUUGAGCAGUACAAAGAUGUUCCGACAGUUCAAAGUGUUCUGGAGAAGAGCCGAAAAAUAUACGACAUUACUGAGAAGCAGCUGAUGGAUCAACUCAGAAAUCCCGCUUCUGGUGCCGAGUUCGUUUCGGAAGCGGUCGAUCUUCUGUUAACGAUCGGAAGGGACAAGGAUGAAGUGCAGAAGAUGUUGCUCACUUGCUCGGAACAAUCACUGAGAGUAGAUCUGAAAGAUUUGCAACAAAAUCAUGCGGAUGUGCUUGAUUUAGUGGACCGAGCAUCGGAGAGUUUCAUCCCGAAUCUCACUCUGAUUGCCACCACGCACGAUCGGUUAUUCGAAGAGAAAAGAGACGAGCUUUUAGCCGUAUUGCAGACGGAAAUGAAUUCGCUUCACGCGCUCGUUUCUAAAGUGUUCCUCUCCUCCAGCGACGCCAAGGAUUGCUCCAUUGUCGUCCGUGCUCUAGACCGAUACUUCCGAAAGAUUUCCACUUGUCGUCACGUCAUUCCGGGACUCGACUUCCUUCCGCUCACAAUCGAACUCAUAAACGAAGUUUCCGAGCAUGAAAUUGAUCUAUCAUUGACACGGAUAAAGGAAGAGCUCCGAAGUUCGUUAAAUGACGUUCGGAAGGCGUUGGUAAACGAAGAGAAGGAUCUGUCGGUGCUGGUGAGCAAGAUAGAGCAAGUGUUCGUGCACCAGGUGAAGGUGAAGUUAUAUCCCCGUGGCCCCGUUCCGACGGAUUCACUUACAGACCGCUCUCGCCAAUCUUCUUUUGUUCACUGCAAGCGAUGUCACCUUUGCCACGCUGCCUCCAGAUGAAUUCCGUCAAUCGUUCGCUCUGAAUGCACAUGAACGUCUUCUCGUUCAGGCAUUCCAUCGAUUUACUGAGUUAGCUGAUGAAUACGGUAAUUGAAAACGUCUCUCUAUCUUUUACUUCUCUCUCAUUUUCCAGAGGCGGGCGCUGGCAAUAUUCGUUUUGUGGAUCCGCGAGUCCUUCUCAUCUUUGCCGUUGCCCUCCAGCACCUCUCCAAUAAGUCGGCCACGUACCUUCUGAACCUCUGCCGAGAACAGUUCUCAUUGACUCCAGAUGACGGGCUCACAGACAUUACCGUCGUGACCGCCGAAGUCAAAACGAGAGCCCAAAAGUUGAUCCGUUGUUACGCGGAAAAGACGGGGCUGGCUUUCGGAGAGACGCUCGUGAAAGGAUGUACAAUGCUCGUUCAGCCCGCGGCCACUCCGAAUGCAGUCCGAGCAUCUGUGCGCCGUUUAGUGGAGGAAAUGACCGCUUGUGACGGAGAACUUACGCAGUUGCUGGGCGGAGAAACAAAGCCAAAAGACAUCCGAGUCAGGUAGAAUCAUCUCAUUAAAAACAUCCCAACUCGUUCUCCAGCCGCCGUCCGAUCACGACCGCUCUUGAUGCCGCAAGGGACUCCCUUUGGUGCGAACGAAUAGAUUUCCACCUUCAAAUCCACGUGAGCUCGUCCAUUUUACUGCCUGAAUCUAUUUUCGUGCUGUUCAGUUCAAUCGUUCCUCGAUCAUCACUGCAAUUAUCAAAGUGGUUCUGAAGAUCUUCAUUGAGUCGAUCCGUCUGCAGACGUACUCAAAGUUCGGAGUGGAACAAGUGCAAGUAGACUGCUAUUAUCUGCAGAGAUGCCUGGCUGCCAUGAUCUCCGACGAAGUAACCCUACCCCCUCUCUCUCUCUCUCUCUCUCUCUCUCUUCUGAUUCCGUCACUCUUUCAGGUGGUUGUCAAUUCAAUGGUCGACCAAGCCCUAUCGUCCGCUCUCAAACGAUGCCAAGAUCCGGUGCUCGUUCAUCCGUCCCGUUUGGCGCAACUCUGCGAGCAACCACCGCCAAAUCGGCCGAGCUCACAGUCGUCAAGCCUUGGAUACUAA